AUGAAAUCGAAUACGGAUUUGCAAUUCGGUGUUAAGGUGAGUUGUAAGAAAAUAGCAGCUAUGCGGAUUUUAUUUUCCAGAUCGCUUUGAUUAUUGUGGGAGUGGUGCAUUUGUUGUUGGGUUUGACGGUUUUAUUUCAAGCACUUGGGUAUGUUUAUAAAUACGUAGAAGGGUCUCGUUUUUUUUGAGAUUAUCAAAUUUUUUCAGAGAAAGAAUGGCAGCUGAAAACGUUAUCCAUGAAUUUGAAAAAAUUAAUUCUACUAGGAUUGAAACAAUAACAAAAGAAGCCACAAUUGCACCAGCUGUUUUAAUGCCAUUCAUCGCUGGAACAAUCUGUCUGAUCUCCAUCUCCGUCUGCGUCAAACAAUGUUUUAUAUGUAUAAUUGGUGCCAAUAUUCUUGAGCUCCUCUUAUUUAUUGUUGCAUUGAUACGCUCUCAUAUAGUUUAUAGUGCUACGAGCGAUGCUUUUGAUAUAUUGAGAGAAGCAGACAAAGCUGGCAAGAUCUCAUCGGAAAAAAAAAAGUUUUAUGAUGCUAUGAUGUUUUUGGAAUUAGGUCUGGAGGCGAAUAUUUUCUUUUGUUAUAGUGGAUUAUUUCUCACAAUUGCAUCAAUUGCAGUCACUGCACUCCUUGCAUUCAAGAAACCUUCUAAAUAA